GCGAUGGGGAUGAAUGAAUGGAAUGAAUUUGUAAAAGGACGAUGAAGUUUCAUAUUGUCUGUUUUCUUCCUAUGAAUAGAGAGGAGUUUUGGAAAGUGAGGUCGUCCAACGAGUUUCUUCGCUUUCUAUGCAAUGAGAAGAAAAGUAAUUUUGAGAAAAUAGAAAUAGAAGAGGAGUGGAUGGAUUCUGACGGAACGGGUCACCGUAGAGUUCGUUACACUCCGAGAAUGGAGUUUUUUGAGUUGGCAAAGAUGGCCAGAAAAUAUGUAGAAAAGUUUUUUACGGGUUUUGAAGAUGUACAAACGUGGAACGACAUUUCUGCCCCUUUUUGUCAAGUGUUUAUAAACCGUCCUUUGGGAAAGUUGGAAGACAGAGUGGUUACCCGAGGACAGGUUACAGUUGAACCUGCUGGAGAAGAACAGUGCAAACAUGUUAUGGUUGGAGAUUGUACUGCAAAUAUUAUGGGAAUUGGCACGUUGAUAGAAAGUGCAGUGGUAGCUAACAUGGAGAAAUUCUACAAGUACACUUACCCGACAGUAGUGGCGCGUUAUAAGAAAUACAAGGACUCUCUUGCAUAUUCUUGUAAUAGUCAAGGACUCAAUGACUUGAAAGCAACUCCACAGGUUUCAACUGCAGCUUGAGGUACGAACUGGUAUAAUUGCUUG